AUCUUGGAGGAAUACGACUGGGCCGAGUUUGCAGUGAUCACCAGCUUGCUGCCGGGCUACGACACCUUCGUGGACAUAGUCCAGUCGUACACAGACACGUCCUACUUUCUAUGGAAUCUGCAGGAUAUCAUGUCUCUGGAAAUGCACAUGCUGAAUGUAACAUGGGAAAGAAAAGAGCUUUCGUUCAACAAUCAAGGAUUUCUUUCCAACCCCUCUAUGGUCAUCAUUGCAUUGGACCGGGAGAAACUGUGGGACAAGGUAGGCACAUUUGCUCGGGGCAUCCUUCAGGUUCGCUACCCCAUCUGGCCGCGCUAUGGCAGCUUCCUGGAGCACAUAUCUGAUGACCGCCAUUUGACGGUGGCCACCCUGGAGGAGCAUCCCUUCGUCAUGGUCGAGAACGUGGACCCAGGAACUGGCACGUGCGUCCGCAACACUGUGCCCUGCAGGCGUCAGGCCAAUCAUUCAGACAGCACUGUCCACUCGGAGUCCUACACCAAACUGUGCUGCAAAGGCUUCUGCAUAGACAUCCUGAAGAAGUUGUCCAAAACCAUUAAGUUCUCCUUUGACCUCUAUCUGGUCACCAACGGAAAACACGGCAAACUGGUGCACGGGAUUUGGAACGGGAUGAUUGGGGAGGUGUUUUACAGGCGCGCUGACAUGGCCAUCGGCUCCCUCACCAUCAACGAGGAACGCUCUGAAAUCAUUGACUUCUCUGUGCCAUUUGUGGAGACGGGCAUCAGCGUCAUGGUAGCUCGUAGCAACGGCACCGUAUCACCGUCUGCCUUUCUUGCUGUGCCUCUUCAGUUUCAGAAACCGCAGGAGCAUUAUCCUCCUUUUCGCUUCGGGACGGUUCCAAACGGGAGCACCGAGAGGAACAUCCGCAGCAACUAUCCUGACAUGCACACACACAUGAUGAAAUAUAACCAGAAGGGAGUAGAAGAAGCUCUGGAGAGUCUCAAAACCGGGAAGCUGGAUGCCUUCAUCUACGAUGCUGCUGUUUUGAAUUACAUGGCCGGAAAAGACGAGGGCUGCAAGCUGGUUACCAUCGGCAGUGGGAAAGUUUUUGCCACCACAGGAUAUGGCAUCGCUCUGGAGAAAAACUCCCGCUGGAAACGGCCAAUUGACUUGGCUUUGCUUCAGUUUCUAGGAGACGGAGAUACGGAACGUCUGGAGACGGUCUGGCUUUCUGGAAUUUGCCAAAACGAGAAAAACGAAGUGAUGAGCAGCAAGUUGGACAUUGAUAACAUGGCAGGUGUCUUCUACAUGCUUCUGGUUGCUAUGGGCCUCAGCCUGCUUGUGUUUGCCUGGGAGCAUCUGCUCUAUUGGAAACUACGCCACUCUCUCCACAAGUCUCACAAACUGGACUUCCUAUUGGCUAUCAGCAGGGGUAUUUACAGUUGUUUUAAAGGAGUAGAAGAUCCUGGGCGUUCAUCUGGAUUGGCCAAACCUGACCUGACCUCUAACUAUGCUCAAGCAAACAUGCUAAAGAUGCUUCGCACCGCCAAGGACCUGGUCUCUACCGCUAAUGUUGAGAGCUCCCUGGACAACGCUACCAAGACAAUAGAGCAGUUGACCCGUCAUGGAGGAAGUAUGCCUGUUCGCGUUCCACAAGUCACCACUGAGUCUGUGCCGGGAGGCUUUGCUUAUGUUGCUGAAAAUCACUGUCCCAUUCCUCAAGGGUCCCUUACUCCACCUCUAACUUGCGUUACCUCUCUGAAACAACACAGGGGUGUAACUAGGCCAACACCACUGCGCUACACACUUCCAACUCGUUCAACAUCAUGUCUAUAUGAGAGACCGCUUCCUGUGUCAAGCUUGAGUACGCCCCAUCUUGCCCUAGGGGAGUCGCUCCCUCAUCAGCACCCACACCACUACCAGACUACAGGGAGGGUCUAUGUAGACUCUCAUUGUCACUCCCCUUUCAUUGCCUACUCUGAUCUCCAGCUGCCUGACAUUUACACAUCUCACCCACUUGCCUCAUCUCAAAACCAACAUGUCCAAAUGGGCUUCUCCCAACCAAAAAGGAGGGCCAGGAGUUUUCAGUGUGAGAAUGAGGAUGUAGAAAGAAGAACCCAUGGGGAUCAGGGAAAGAUUGACAAAAGUACUAUCAGUCUGACUGAACUUAAAGCCAAUCACCUCCAGGAGAACCAUAUCUCUAACCCAAGCGUUGACAAUGUUUACUCAGGAGAGGGGAUGUGUCCCCGGGUGGAGAAUUACAGCUCUUGGCCUCCAGAAGACCUUGCGCAGAGAGGGAGACGGAGACACCGGCGCCCCUCAUUUCUUAAAGCAACUUGGGGCAAUGACCAAAUUCGUCAGUUUGAUGAAUCGCAGUCUUCUCUAUCCAGCCAAUCACCUUCAACCUUGCCCGACCUGUUUCCUUGCAAUGUUACUCCUACAUCUGCCAAGCCUUAUAAUCCCGCCCAUGUUCGAAACAACCUGUGCCUCCCAAGGAACCAGGCCUACCUCCACAUAAGGGAGGACCAGAGGAGGCCGAAUGGACGCAAGGGCCAGAGACUGCGCUAUUCCCAAUCCACCCACCUCCCCACAUAUGGAGAAGCAGUGCGGAAUGGUAAUGGAUUAGGGCGGGGUAUGGUGCGCAGAGCAACAAGCUUGCUCAGUCGACAGUACUCGCACUAUCUGAACUCAUACCCUGGCCUCCCAAUCUACCACAGCCCACUGGAUCUCCAGCACCACAGCCAUAGUUCCAGCCCGGUGUGUCAGUUGUUGGCCUGUGGUGGUGGGCGAUGUGGGGGGCAGCGAAGCUUGCUGCAUCAAGACAAUGUGUAUGGAGCUUAUGGGGUCUAUCAGGCAACCCAGGCUGGCUCAGAGGGCCAGGUGGGGCAAGGUGGAGCAGGCCAACCUGUUGGGAGUCCUUGCGUACUUCGGCCUUGGCGACGUGUUUCCAGUCUAGAAUCUGAAGUCUGACCGGAAACCUUGAAAGACAGAAACUGUAGAGAGACCAAAAGUCAAGAAUAAUACAUGUAACAACUUCAGAGAGUUUUCUGUUGUUAGAUUUGAAGUUAUAUUGAUUUUAAUGGUGUCUUUGUGUGGUAAAGAAUUGUAAUUUGGGUCAGACACUAGAAACAGACUGCACUUUUAACACUCUUUCAUUGAUAAAGUUGAGGUCCAUGUUACCGGCACAGCGUUAACCAGUGAUUUAAGGCUGUAUUUGUGUUGAACAGUUUCUCUGUUGACGGCUGGAGUUUAAGUAUAACUGUUCAGUAGACAAACCGUUUACAUCUUGAAAGAAAGGUUGGAUAAGCAGCCAUCCUUGGUUUGCCAGACAUUCACAAACAGUUGUAAAGUAGAUGCAAAGUGAUUAUUUCUAACAUGAGGUAAUCAGUUCGUAACGAUGAGUCCCAGGAAGCAGACGCUUUGUGAAAGCAGUCCAUAUCUGUGCAGUCUGCAAAAGGAUUGCGCCUUUAGAAGAGCAUUGACCAGCACUAGGUGUCUUAAACCAUCAUCCUCACCGUAUUGUGAGAGGCUGCAGCAGCACACAGGCCUCACUUUGAAUAAAUAUGUAUUCUAAGUACUAUAAACUCAUAGUCGAAUGUGUUAUUUGAGGCUGGUUAUUGUUAUAUUCAUGUAUUCUACAUAUAAUAGGAGUUUAUAAUCAUUCUUUUUUUCUAAAUACAUCUCUGGCACUUUCAUUUUUUUUCUGUUAAAACUGCUGUCAGAUUAUGAACACUUUUGGUACUAUUUUAUUAUCAUCAUCAGUUAGCAGAUGAUCUCUUUCCAUUUUUCAACUCUUUUAUAUUCUGUCCUCAUCCCCCUUUUUACCACCCCCUUCAAGAUGUUUAAUUAUCUAAAUAAAUGAGGUAAGUGAAAACUAUUAUAGUAUCUAUAUACCAGGCUCCUACACCCUGUAAUUAAU